AAGUGAAUUUGAGGAAAAUGGAGGAGAAAAUAGAGGAGUCGAACCGUGCAUCCGCGAGGCGAUCACGGACGGGCAAGCUGAAGCAGCGCGAGGAUUUGAUCAAUGAAAAAAUCGCAUUGCAGAACGAGAACAGCCAGCUUGUGCAGCGCAUCGGCACUGCCUCGCAGCGCUACAAUGAAAUGGAGGCUGCAAAUGAUGUCUUGAGAGCGCAAGCUAUGGAGCUUACAGAGAGGCUGCGGUCCCUCAAUUCUGUGCUGCAGUUAGCUGAAGACGUCAGCGGCACAACAGUAGAUAUUCCAAAGAUCCCGGUCUCUUUUAUGGAACCAUGGCAACUCCCAUGUCCGGUGCAGCCAAUCAUGGCCUCUGCUGAGAUGUUGCAGUAUUGAUUGAUCUCUCAUCUUCAAUGUGGAUUGCUCAUGCCUGUCUUGUCUCUGUGAGUCAGUUUACGUUUGGCUUUUGUUGCUUUUAUUUUCAUGGUUUUUGUGUAUUGUCUAUCCUUCAAUAAGGUGGAUGUCAAUUGCCAUACUAUGGGAUUUCUGUUGGUGUGGCAUGUUUGUAGUCUCAAACUCAAUAAUUUCUUUGAAAUUAUUGGGGUUUUGGAUAAGAUUGAAAAUAGUAUGUAUGUUGAUUUUGGUUUAUCUUGACUAGUUACAUGCAAGUUGUGUCAUGAUUGCUUUGAUUUGAUGCGUAAUUGGAUGGCUCUCAGUUUGAAUUAUGAAGAAGACAUGUCACUUAUCCUUGUUAGCUAUCCAAUAGCUGUAUAGAGUCCAUUGAGUGCUUGUUUAGCUGUGCCAUCACUAAAAAUUUUGAAAUGUU